AGGCAUUCUCGGUGAGCUCCGGAGGUAGUCGACAUGUGCAAGGCUGGAAUGGCCGAAGAGAAAAGGGUGGCUUGGCGCGUUAUGAAGAGAGUUUUUCCAGAUUUUUUGGUGUCAUGUUCUGCGAGCCGUCUCCUGGAUGAAGAAAGGCCUACAAAAUUUCUGUGAUCACCUCCUUGUAUUAUAUGAUAGACAAGAGAAGUGAAUCGUUGGUUUGUUAAACUUCGGUAGACGACUGUCGCCAAAGUUAACUAUUUUUAGAUACUACUGAUCAUGCCAGAAAUCUCAGAAACGGUCAGUGUUUUGAGGUAGAAAUAAAACAAGGUUUUGGUUUCCUGAAACCUUAUAACUGGAGUGUCCAUGGGGCGACGCAGUGAAAUAUAAUUUGUAUAUAUGUACCAGAAUUGCCAGCCUGGAUGAACCUGCUUUUGCAAAAGUACAGGAUACUUGGUAAAAAAGGUGAGGGCACCUUUUCUGAGGUGCUGAAAGUGCAAAAUAUCAAGGAUGGUACCUAUAGGGCAUGCAAAAAGAUGAAACAGAGUUAUGACAGCAUCGAGCAGGUGAACAACCUUCGGGAGAUUCAAGCCAUGCGGCGACUGAGUCCCCACGCCAACGUGCUGGAGCUCUUUGAGAUCAUCUUCGACAAAAAAUCGGGCACCCUGGUACUGAUAUGCGAACUCAUGGAUAUGAACAUCUACGAACUGAUUCGAGGGAAAAAGCAGCUUAUCCCGGAGAGAACAUGCCAAAACUAUUUGUAUCAGCUAGUUAAAUCCGUAUACCACAUGCAUCGAAAUGGUAUAUUCCAUCGAGAUGUCAAGCCAGAAAAUAUUUUGAUACGGGAUGACUUGUUAAAAUUGGCAGACUUUGGUUCCUGUCGAAGUGUUUACUCAAAGCAACCCUACACAGAAUAUAUCUCCACAAGAUGGUACCGAGCACCAGAGUGCCUUUUAACUGAUGGAUACUACACUUACAAGAUGGAUUUAUGGAGUGUUGGUUGUGUCUUCUUUGAAAUCCUCAGCUUGCAUCCACUUUUUCCUGGAGCUAAUGAAGUAGAUCAGAUAGCGAAGAUUCAUGACAUCAUGGGCACACCAGAGCCAGCUGUCCUUAGUAAGCUUAAGAGGUCUAGAGGUAUGAGUUUUAACUUUCCUCCCAAAAAAGGAUCAGGAAUAGAACGGCUUCUACCUCAUGUCUCACAAGAAGCUAUUGAGCUCAUUUACCAGCUGUGCACCUAUGACCCAGAUGACCGUAUCACAGCCAGGCAGGCUCUCAAACAUCACUACUUCAAAGAGUUCAGGGAUAUGGAGAAGAAAGCAACUUCCAUUGCCAAACAGAGGCAUCUGCAAGAAUCAGUGAAUGCUGUGCAAGAAAAUGCCUCUGUGGAUAAUACUGAUGGCAGCGGUGAAAAGCUGUCCAGUGGAAUCACUACUCAUGAUGUCACCAUUGCCACAGAUCAGCAACAUUCUCCUACCAAAGCAGAGCUAACAGAAAUCACAAUGUACCCGACUAUUCCCAAGGCUCAGUCUCUACCACUUCACUCACAGACAUUAAAGGAGAGAAAACGGAGGAGGAACAAGCGUCAGACUGAGAGCCAUGGGUAUAUGCACCACACAGGCCUUCUUCCUCGUGUUCCCAUGCAUCAGGCUACUUUCAACCCCACUUUUCAUUCUACUUCCUUUUCUGCUGCCUUCAACAAACUGGCUGAUGGUGCUGGCUCAACUGCCCUACUUCCCACAAUCAGCAAUGCAUACAAGCCUCACAAGGCCACAGCUGCCAAAACGUCAAAGAGUUUCUUAAGCAGCUACACUCUUCCUUCACUGGACAGACAUUACUGAGAAUAACUGUUAUCAAUCCUGUUUCCUCUGUUUGGAUGUUAACAAGGACUCUCAUGUUAUGCUGACAGAUGUUCCUCCUAAGUCCUGCAUGUCUGUUGUUUGCUUCCCAUUCUGUUGAUAUUCCCCUACCCAGACAAGAGUAAUGUUCAUGUUGAUAUCAUCAUAGUAAUUAAAGACACAGUUACUGGUGGCUCUUGAUAAUUAAACGUUUUGUGAAAGCAUGAGGUCAAUGCACUGAGCACUGGGUUUUCAAAACUGAUCAUCGUGUAGAUAUUUUCCCUCUUGUUCCAGAAUGUAUGUUUAUAUGAGACACAAAAUCUCUUGGUGAACCUCACUAUGUGGGGAGCAAACCAGGACUUCGCAAGAAGGAUUAAAAGAGGUGUUUGUUUGCUAGAAAUUUAUAUGUGAAGUGUUUUUCAUGCUGUUCAGGAGAUGACCUAAGACAUUAAUGUGCAACCAGCAAUUGUUAUGCAUUGUACAUUAGUUCUGCAAAUAGUGACCAAUGUCUUCAAAUAUUAGAUCAGGACAAGUCUGUGAUUUCACGUAACCAUGACAUUCUACAGUAUUUCUAUCAUUGAGAUUUAGUUGUACAGCACACUUCACAAACAUUCCAAAAAGCUCUUUUUCCAAGCAUUAUUUCUGUGGAGCAAUAAUGUUAUCUGUUUCAUGUCAAGUAAUUUAAAAUUGUUUUUGCAAAAUUUAAUAAGUAGCACACAGAAAUGUUACAACAUUGUAUGUAAGAAAAACUACCUACAAGCUGUAGGGGCAGUGAAUGUCCGUUUACUGUGUUUAAAGAACAGCAUAUGGAAGGCAGAGCCCAAUCCACACAUACUGCCAUCUUUACCUUCACUGAUAAAUCACAUACCCAUUACUGCAGAGUGGGUAAAGGGAGCUGUCCAAGCACAGGUCCAAACAUUCCUCAAACCAACAAACUUCCACCCUUCUACUUGACAGUGAAACGCCCUAACCACCAGGCUAUGGAGCCUUCUUUCAUAACUUGGUUUUUUAUUUAAAGAGAAAAAUUGGUGGUUAAGAAUUUUAUGGCAUAAAAUUAGCAAAAGCUGAUAUUCAUUGCACUAAUUUGAGAUCUCUGGGAAUAUAUCAGUAUUUUAUGAGCUUACAGCAAAGAAGAAGAAAAAACUAAAGUUAGCAUGUAAACCUACCCCUCCCCCAUUUUUUGUUUCAGUCUGAAGAAAUGCAUUAUUUAGAGGUACACUUUCAAACAGGUUUCUCGAAAAUACUCUACUGCUUGCUCAUUAUGGAACAAUGUAGUGAUGUGCUUGUGGAUGUAACAUCUGGUAUACCACAGCAUGCUGUUCUUUGUUCCUUAACAUUUUACAUGUUUACAAAAAAAACUCUGAAGUUUAAAGAACUGACUUGGCCUUAUGGUGAAAAAUUAGGUGAGGUCAGUGACAGCUUUAAACUUGCCCAGACAGUUUAUCAGUUUUGCUAUGAGAAUUUCCCUCAUUGUUACCAUUUUAGAUCAACAGUUUACUCUUUUAAAAAUUGAAACAGUACUGUACACUGAUGUUGGAAGAUUAUUAAAAAGAAUUAUAAUCACUGGAAGCCUGUCACUACUGCUAUUUCCCUAUCUCUGAAGAUUAUAUGCACAGAACAUUUACAACAAAACCAAAAAGAAGGCAGCCGAGCACAUUGUGAUCCUCUUUUCUUGAGAUCCCCAAAUGGCCUUGCAAUAAAUAAAUUAUAAAUAAAAUUUGCUGUUGGUCUUUUCUCAGGAAAAAAAAAUAGCAAUAUGGUGUGUGGUUGUUUAAGAUUUUGUAUAGCUGUUUAGUGUUAAAAAUAGAGUUUGCACAUGCAUGACACAAACAAAUGCACACAAACUGAAUGGUGUAUUCCUCUAGCAGUUAAAAGCUAUUUUAGAUGCAUAUCUUGGUAACAAUAAUAUGCCUUGUGCUGAAGAGGUGUUAUUGGCCAAUUAACUUUGGGCAAAAUAACAUAAUUUAAAUCCGGCUUUGGAAGAUCUUUUUAAAACUUAUUGACUAAACCUGGAAAUAUCCUUGAACGUUGAAAUUUGAUAAUCUCUGUGGGGAAAUUCUCAUUUUAUUCAGCCCUCUGUGUGUGCAUGGGCAGAACAUGUAUGCAUGUACACUUCGUUUCUUUGAGGAAAAAAUGCAUGUAUGUACAAUUAAUCUUGUGUGCAUCCUAGUGCAAACCAAAUGAUGGGUGAAAUAUUUUUUUAAUUUAAAUAUUUAUUAAAGUUUAAUAUCAGUGUGUUCUUUUGUGCAAGCUGGUCCUUUGACUUUCACUUGAGCAUUUGUGUGUGCAUGUGGGAAAGAGAAAGUUCAAGACAUAAAUUCAUUAUUUGUAUCAUUUUGUUAUGGAUUUAGGAUUUUUGGAUUUUGUUAUGGAUAGAAAAGGAUCUUUGAUUUAGGCAGUUUUCACCUGAUAACUUGUCUCAAAAUUCAUAUUUGUUCUCUUCUUUCAAGCUUCGUAUUUCCUGACCCCAAGAUCACUGCUUGAUAUGGUAUAUGCAAGUGACUGAAAAGAGUUAAAUUAUUUUGAUUUUCCUAAUUCUAAUUACAAACUUUUUAUAUUUUUAUAUCAAAUUUUGAGAUAAAAUUAUUUACUUCAGUGGAAGAGCUAGACUCCUUUAACAAAAAUCCAGAAGAUAUGAGAUGGUUUUUGCAAUAUUGACUGUUUUGUAUAGCAUCAGGUUAUGACUAUGCUUUAUGAAGUUUAAAAAUUCUGCAUCAUUGCCUUCAGUCCAGAGCUUACAUACAGUGAACAUCAUAGAAUAACUGAUGUGUUUAUUUCUUAAAAGUUGAUGCAGAAUAAUAUACUUUUUGUAUACUCAUAUAGACAGAGCAGAAAAUUCAAGAAAAGGUUAACAACCUGUAAACUGAUUAAGUCAAGUUAAUGGGUUUUUUUAGUACUUGUACUGUACUUUGUAAUGUAACUUGAGUGCAGAUUGCUGUACCCAUUCAAACUUUUUAGGAUUCAGGAAUGUAUACUGGCUUGACAUGUUUUCAUGGCAGAUAUUAACCAGACUUAAAGCCAUGAACUUCAUUUUGAUACAAUUCUGCAUAGUGAAUUGACAGUAUUUUUUUAUCUGCUUUACAAUUGUCAUGGAUUAUGCACAAAGUCUCUUGCUCUGUAUUAUUCAAAUAAUAUGCAUUCCAUUUUCUUUUGUGAAUAACGCAUGAGUAAAUAGGAUUUGUUUAAAUAAGAAUUAUAUAGUGUGUUACAUAAUUUAAUUCACAAUUCUGCACCACAUUGUGCUGCAUUGAUGAAAGACAUUGUGAUUACACAAGUGCUAAUUUAAAACUAACCACAACAAAAAGCAUUAAAAACUUAAGUUAACAUGUGUAACAGUCUCACAAAUUUGUAAGCUGCCUUCUUAAAAGUUUUAUUGAUCGAGUGGCUUCAUGUUCUUUAAAAGCUGCUUUUUCAAUAAAGAUCAUUCAGAAAAUCA